AUGGUUUGAGACAUUUAUUUCAUUGAUGAACGAUGUUUAGGAGGACGCCCAGGACAUCACCAUCAUCAUCAUCACCAUAGCGACGGUCCAGGUGGUCCAGGGGAUCGCUGGGGUGGUGAUCAAGGUCGAUGGGCCGGCCAACAAGGCCAGGGACAAUGGGGAGGGCAGCAAGGAGGACAACAAGGCCAAUGGGGCAACCAGCAACAAGGUGUCCAAUGGGGUGGCCAACAAGGAGGCCAGCAAGGCGGACAAGGACAAUGGGGAGGACAAGGUGGCCAACCAGGAGGCCAGGGGAGCCAACCAGGAGGACAAGGAGGCCAAGACCAAUGGGGAGGGCAACAAGGAGGUCAACAACAAGGGCAAGACUGGGGACAACAAGGAGGACAACAGGGAGGCCAACAACAACCUGAACAGAGCUCUGGCCAACCUCGCAAAGUGA